AUGGAAAACGAUCGGCGUGAGACGUGCGAUCGCUUGCGGAUUUGUAAAAUAUAUUUCUUUGCUGGCAUCGCUUUUCUUCCGUUUCUUUGGCUGGUAAACGUUGUCUGGUUUUUCCGGGACGCAUUUUUCGGACCACCGUCUAAUACGAGGAAGAAGUUUCAACUUUACGUUGCUUUGAGUUUUAUCGGUGCUUUGAUUUGGAUUGUCGGCCUGGUUGCUUGGAGCAUAGUCUACCAUCAAAAGAGAAUUUCCUGGGGAUACCUUGGUGAUCGCCUGUCUUUUAACAUUCCCCCUGGGGAACUGUAA